AAAUAUAUAUUCUCAAUUCUCAAGAACACGUUGUUCCAGCUAAUGGUCAGUCAGUCUUUUUCAUCGGUGUAGUAAUAUAUGAUAUGAGUGAUUUGCAGCACCAUGAUGGAUGAGCUGGUGCAGGACCUGGUGUCAGCUCUGGACCAAGCCUCAGAGACCAGUAAGCUGGGGGAGCUGUGGGAGGAAAUGGUCCUGAAUCCGCUGCAGCAGCGACGACAGAUCCGCCGUCGCAGAGGCCGUAAACGCUUUCCCGAAUCCCCCUUUUAUCCCAAGAUGCCCCGGCGAUGCUGGAUUGACGCCUCAGAGUCCAGUUUGGAUGAAGCAAAAGAAUUAAGGGAGAACUCAUCCUCAGCCUUUACUGCACGUUUGGCCAACUGCAGUGACUCGGACGAUGUGACUCCAACUGACCACUGGCCAGCCUUUGUGAGAGGCCCGUUCAGGCCCAGGACAAGGACAAGGCAACCCUCCUGGCAAGAGUCAGACUCCUUCUCUGAGAAUAAUCCCGCACGGCCGCUCAAGAGACGGAGGAAGGUUAAACGCAUGACUUCAGAUGUGACGGUCAGGCUACAGCAGAAGUUAAAGGUUUCUGGUGUGGAUGGGAAACAGCGGCACCGGCGGUCUGAGGGGCAGCGCCUUUCAGGUUCAAAGAGGAGGGCCGGUGGUUGGAUGGGAGAGGGCAGUCAAACUGAAGAAAGAAGACUGAUGUCAAACAAGUGCUGGAAAAGAAAGCUGGCGAAGGAACACAUAGAUGCUGCAGAUGAGAACAUGUCUGAGGGAGAAACCAGUAGCACCUGUAGCAGUGACCCUGGACUGUUCACCAAUGAUGAAGGAAGACAAGGCGAUGAUGAACAGAGUGACUGGUUCUUUGAAGGGGACUGUGGAGUCGGGACAGGCAUGGCCAGCCUGCUGCCCAACUGGGACUCGGAGAACCUGCUGUCGCUCAAAGAUAAACGUACCUCACCCAACUUCUUCCAACCUGCACGGAACUCCGACAGAGGGUAUCGUUCACGUGUUACACGACUGCCUGACUCAUCUGCCUGCUUCCUCAGGAGGGACAGGAGGCGGCUUCCUAGGAAGGGUAACAACAUGCCGGUGUUUGUAAAAAGAGUACGGCGCUUCUCCCAUGAGGCCUACCAGAAAGACCUUCGUCGGGCUUCUGCUGGAAAACAAAGCCAGUUGACCCCUAUGUGCCCAUUACCUGUGUGUCCCAUAGACAUGACGUCAGCGACCCCACCUCCCAGAUGUUCUUCCUCCUCAGUCCUCACAAACAGUCUUCACCCCUGCUGGCAGACUAAUUUCACUCCAGGACUGUUGUGCUCAGCAAACACGAGGAGGAGGGAAACAGAGGCUGUUCGCAUCACACCAUCAGCAAGCAACCCAUUUCAUGUAGCUCACGAGAGAGAGGAGGCAAAAGGAGGAUCCAGCAACACAGCAACCAUAGUGGCCGUGGGACCAGAUGCACCCAAGUCCUUUACUUCUGCUCAGCGGGAGCGUGUGUCUCCACCUAAGGGGGACCACGAGCACACCUGAAUGGGGCUUGAUGGGCACAUUUAAUUACAGCAGAAAGUGACGGGAAGGGGAGCUACUGUGUCAGAGAAUUUAAAAAGAAAGGAAAAAAAAAGAAGCUUGAACUCCUAUUGCUGCACAAACUAUAUGACAAAUGAAAAAUACAAAGCACACAAUUAGUCUUCAAAUCAGCAUGUUUCUGCUAGAUCCAGCCCUUCCACGUAUUAUAUUAAGCAUGACAAAUGUUAAUGCAAUCAAGCCUUGUUAAGCCCUCCGCCGUCUCCUCAAGUUAGAAGGCAGCUUCAAGAGGCUCCUCGAUUGACUCUAGACUUCGGCGCUCCUCCUGUUUCCACACACACACACACACACACACACACACACGCACACACACACUCUCCAGGCCUCCUGCCACCGCACAAUCCAACAAUUAUGCCCACUCCAGUAGCGCAGCGCUUGUCAGCAGGAACCUUGGGAGGAUGGUCAGUUGGAGCCCGGCGUCCUGGGGGAGUGUGCUCCACUUUAUGGGCCACAAUGCCUCUACAGCCGCCAGCUCUGAGGCAGAAAUGCAUCAAAAUGUUUAGCUACCACAUGCUGCCGCAGGGUUUAGAGAGGCAAACGUCGAUGACGAGCCACACAAAACACAGGCGUCCUAUUAGCAUGGAUUUGAAAAGCUACAGUUGGUACAAAGGUGCGCAUUAGCACAACAGAGAGGGAGUGUAGUUGCAGCCCCCGGAGGACCGCCUCUCUUCUCUCCAGCUUACCUUCCAUAUUCAAAUUUUUUUAAGUAUUUAAAGUUCAAGGCCAGCUGCAAAUCCAUUUGAACGGGCUGUUUUGGACCAGUUUCUGUUGGAGCGGCGCAGAAAGUGGAGAGGAGUCGGAGGAGCUGUGGGAAACAGGAGAGCAGGGUCAUACGCUGUACUUUCCUCUGGCCCUUGGGGUUUACUGUUCCCUGACUCGCUCACCAUCAGAUGCAUUAAAGGAUCAAUGGUAGCAUAAAAAGCGACCAAACACCGCAGUUUGAGUCAAACCGGUAAACAAGCCUCG